CCAAAUCCUCCAUCUCCAAGCAGGGUUAGGCCGCAGGACUGCUCACCUGGAUGAAGCUUCAACACACGAAGAGUUAUGUGAGGCCCUAAACAUUCUUUUUCCCAAACUGCGGAAUGUUUCCGGUGGGUGGCUGGUUUAUAAAGCUUCAGCUGGAUGGGGUUGCCGAAAAAUCACGCUUGUGCCUCCUGAAGAUAGUGGCUAUUCAGGCAGGAUCCUGAAGUUUGCAAGUCGUGGGGCCAAAAAUCUCUUCAUAGCCCCAAUUCAGGAAGAACUGAGCACAAGUCCCCUACAGUUGGAUGACGAGUCUUUCAGGAACAUGCCGAAAGCAGACUGUCAGAAGUGUGGACUACCAGUUCCGCUUCCACUCCUGACAGAACACAUCAAAACAUGUGAUGUCAUUGAUGAUAUAGUCAUUGAAGAGAGGGAAACAGAUAUGCAGGAAUGUCCUGUGUGCACACAAAUCUUCCCAACAGAUUUUAUUGAGGCACACGCUUCGGCCUGCGGGGAGAGUGCUAGUGCAGGGAAUGAGAUGCAUGCAAGUACGAUCAGUGAGGAAGAAGCAGCAAUACCUGGAACAUCUGGAGGAGAUAGAGAUAGAGAUGGAGGUGAGGAUGCUUAGGCCCGUGUUCUCUGAAUGCCAUUCCCCUCUGCCCCAUUGAAUCUUUUUUUUAUUAGGCUGGUUCACCAUUGCUGACCCCGCCAAGGCCAUAGCGCAGUGUGUGGAGAAUCAUCUCAGCCUUCACAAGGAGGAGAAUCCAUUGCAGCUAACCAUGGACAUAAGAAGUAGUCCUACCGAACAGGACAUGGCCCUGAUCUCCUUUUACAAGCCGCCAAAUGUGGAAUGGGGACGACCCCUGAACUGCAGACUUGAAGGAGAUACUGCUAUUGGCCAGGGUGUGACUCGCUUUUUUUUGUCCUCCUGCAUUGAAAAGCUGAAGUCUGGAUUUUCCAUAAAUUUUGCAAAUGCCGAUGUAACACGGCUUUUUGAUGGCGAGCCUGGCCAUUUGGUCCCAUCAGCCUCUCAUUUUCUUGUCGAAAGUGACUUGUUCAUGGUGGCGGGGAGAAUGCUAGGCCACUCUUUCCUUCACGGAGGACCGUCCUUGUCUGGACUCAGCCCUGCUGUUGUUCAUGUACUGCUUGGUGGGAGUCCUGAAACGGCAACUCUAACUUUGGAGGAUUGUCCAGACCUGGACAUCAGAGAAAUAAUAAGGCUUCUCGGAGGAGAAUCCACACUAUCGGAGAAGGAUGCAGCAAGUGUCCAGGAAUUGGCCUACGCCUGGGACCUUCCAUCCAUAACUGAGACCAAUAGGAGAUGGAUUUUUGAGAAGUUAUUGAUCCAUGCUGUUAUCGGCCGUGUCACAAGACAAAUAAAACAGCUCAGGCGAGGUCUCAAAGAAACCCCAAUGUGGACAGUACUGACCCAACGACCUGACACAGUGGACAGGCUUCUCCCAAAAGAGGGAUCUGGGAAUAUAAACCCUGAGGUACUUCUUCAGCGAAUCACUUGGCCCCGUGAGGACGACGAAGACGCAGAUUAUUCAGUCGCCACGAUAUGCUGCAUUACAGGCUAUCUUCGACAGUUCAUUGCUCAUGCUACACCAACCGAAUUGACUGAUCUGGUCAAAUUUUGGACUGGAUGGGAGAUCCUUCCAAGGAGCCUCUCAGUCGAAGUAGUCACUGGCAGAUACCCCACAGCCUCCACCUGCUUUGAGGCCUUGCGGGUCCCAGGGCAUUACAAAGAUUAUACAUCUUUCAGAACUGAUGUUCUGGCCAGCAUUUCAUCGUGCCAAACAGGAUUUGGUCUGGUGUGACCAAAGACUUUCACAGAUUCUUGGGACGAACAGAGAAACUAGCUGCUGUUUCAUUUGGGUUGGAGCCAACACACAUCUAAUCAGGCUGAAGGAAUAUUGCAUUCUGACAAAAGAACACACACUCUUACACACACACACACACACGGCACUCACAAACAAACACACACAAACACACACACACACACACACACAUACACACACAAAAACAAACACGUACACACAAACUCAUACAAACACACACUCUAGAUUUCUAGAUAUUAUUCGAUUUUGGAUGUUACAUUAUCCACCAGUUAUGCUUUUUUGAGUUUUGUUUUAACAUUUCAGAUAGUUACGUUUCACUGAGUGUUGAGCCCUAUGUUACUGUCAAACGGAUCAGUCAAAACUGUCAGUUUGACCCCGUUUGAAGCAUAACAUCUAUAAAUAAAUGGUUGAUAUCA